AAUUGCUCUUGUGUUUUUAACGUAAUUCUUUUUUUCGAUAUGUUAAAAAAGGAGAAUAUAUUUUGGUGUGUUCAGUGUAUAGACAGAUGUGCUUUAAAGGAUGAAAUAUAAGUGUUUUAAGCCUUCAAAAGAGAAAGUAAAUUUUUCAACAAGGAAGUUAUUUGCUUCUGAAUAUUAUUCAGUCAUACUUAACAGACGAUGAAGUGAUGACAAAGAAACAAUUAAUUGACCAAAAACAAUAACUCACAUCGAACGUUUUGGGUUAAUUCAUUAUAUAUUAAACUUCCAUGAGCAUUUGACAUGGCAUCAAAGCAAAUUCAGUGUGAAAUGUGCAGUAAUGAAAUUGCAGUUGGAUAUUGCCAAACUUGUGGAUACGUUGGUGAAAAAUGUGUAAAUAUUCACAAGACAGGAAAGAUGUUUCAAACUCAUACUGUCAUUAUGCAUGAGGCUAACAAAAAGCAUACGGAUAGUUCAGGAAAUCCAAAUGUCAAAUUAUGGGACAUCACAGAAGAAAGAUGUAAGCAGCAUCCGACUGAGAAGGCAAUAUUCCUGUGCAAUAUUCAUGAUUCCAUGAUUUGCGGUCGAUGUCUUCAUUCGGAACAUAUUCCUUGUGCAAAAGAAGUCGUUGACUUGUUGCAUGAAGUAGUUAACAUUGACUGCGAGAAAGUCAACACAAUGAAGUCAUUGUUGAUGGAGGUUAAAGAUGAAAUUAUGAUUUUGAAGGAUGAAGCAGAACACUGUAAGGAGAUUUACACGAAAAAUGCUGAUAAAUGUGUGCAAAAAAGUAAAGAAUUAGGAAAUAAACUUAAAGAACGUGUAGAUGAAUUGACAAGAAGCAUUAGAGAUGGAAUAACGGAGAAACAUAACGAAAACUUGACCACUCAUUCCCAUAUUACUACAAUGUGUGAUGAGAAAACCAAGUGGUGUCACGAUGAGGAAAGUAAAAUUGAUGAUUUUGUUGACAAUAAUAUGGCUGGACACUUGUACCUAAUGAGCAGACAUUUUGAGAAAGAGGUUUCGGAUGCCAGAUCCCACCUAAAGGAAAUAAAAUACAAACACACUUUUAAAGGGUUCGACUUCAAAGAAAACAAUGUUAUUCUUAAAUGCGUGUUUGAGGAUUUGGAGGAAGUUUGUGAACAACAAGAAGAAGUUACUGGGAGCGACGAUGGAACUGCCAACGAUGUUGUUGCAUCACUUGCAAAAAUAAACAAGACCCGGCGGGAGCUCACUGCACUGUUGAAUCAACUCAAGCAAGACUUAGAUCAGUCAGAAAAGGCACGGAAUGUACUUUGUGAUGAGCUGAAACAAGUAAAACAAGACAAAGAUAAUUCAGAAAAGAAAAGGAGAAUAUCCGAACAAGAACUAGAGAAAGCAAAACAGGACAUAGAUGAAUUUGAAAAGACAAGGAAUGCACUUUGUGAUGAUCUGAAACAAGUGAAAAAAGACAAAGACAAUUCAGAAAAGAAAAAGAUGAUACUCGAACAAGAAGUACAGAAAGCGAAACAGGACAUAGAGGAAUUGAAAAAGACAAUGAAUGCCUGUUGUGAUGAGCUGAAACAAGUGAAACAAGACAAAGAUAAGUCUGAAAAGAAAAGAAAGAUACUCGAACAAUAAUUAUUGAAAGCGAAACAGGGCAUAGAGGAAUCUGAAAAGACCAGGCAAACACUGUGUGGAGAGCUGAAACAAGUGGAACAAGACUCAGAUAAUUCAGGAAUGAGGAGGUGGUACAUUAGACUACAAUGAAUAUCGACAUACAUUGAAAGCGGAACUGUCAGCCAAGGGUAUCACAAAGGCGGACAUAGAUCAGACGGAGGAACUGUUCGAGACCUUGACUGUCGAUGGUCGGUAACUUGCAUAAGUGCUGUGUUGUCGAAGAACUUACAUCAAAUGCUAAUGUCAUAUAUUCAAACAAAUGCCUGCUGUUAUUGUAUAUAGAAUGUAUAUAACAUGGCAUGCUAACUUGGAACUUUUCUCCCUACCAUCGAGGUUGCUUUUGUGCCUUUAGUGAACUUAGCUUUGAAAUGCUCGUCUAUUAAAGGGAUAGUAAUGGUUAGACUAAACUCUUCGUAAUCGCAUUGAUUUGUUUCAAUACAAACCAUGAUUUAAUUUGUCGAGUUUACCUCGGAUAAUUUUAAUAUUUUAAGAUCAUUAUAAAUAAUAAUUGCUUUAUUGACAUGUGAUUCUUUAUGGAAACAUUUGUAUAAUGUAUAAUGUAUACGAUAUCGAAUAAAUAGAUAUGUUGUGAUUUUGCAAUUUGCAUGUAAAUUAUUUAUCUUUUCUAUGUUUAGAAACGUUUUAUCGCUAUAAAAGCUUAUGUUUCAAAUAGUAUAGGAAUUCGACAAGUAAACAAAUGCUGACUUGACUUAAAGAUUCCGUGUUAAAAAUAACUGUUCGUGGUGGUAGCUGGUGUUUUUAUGAGAUGUUUUUAUCAUACUUGGAACAGAAAAAUGUUGUUAUUACCUAGGGUACAAAUUACUACGUUUGAUGAUUGUUUUUUUAUACUACAUUCUCAGGUUUUAACUUUUCCUAACGAAGAAGCUAUAUUUCGGAGUGAUUUGCUGAAGAAAGCAGAACAAGCAUGAACCG